AUGUUAACCAAGAAGCCCGGAGCCUCGGUCUUCCCGACGGGCAAAGGGGGCGAGCCGGUCUUCUCUCCCGUUCACGGCGGCUCUCUGACGACGUCGCCCGUCACGCUGCCGCCUCUGCGCAACAACAACCUCAACCCGCCGACGGGUGGCGCUAAAGCGGCCAUGUCGGAGGGCGCGCAGUCUCAGGUGCACAUCACGCAGCUGUUCGACGACAACGGCCUGAAGCGUCCGCAUCUGAGCGGUCAGCCCAACGGCCCGGCGCCGCUGGCCCCCUCGCGGCCGGGCCCGCCCCCGCCGGUGAGCCACGCCCCCUCGGUCGGCCAGGAAGCGGCCCACCACGGCCGCCCCGGCGCCGUUUCGCACAAGCCGGUUGAGGGCAAGGCCAAGGCGGUCGCCGCCACGCCCGAGCAGGCCAUGAAGCAGUUUAUGUCCAAGAUGUCGUCCUUCGAACACCACGAGGUUUUCAGCUACGCCGAGGUCUACUUUGUGGGUCCCAAUGCCAAGAAGAGGUCGGGAGUUCUGGGAGGCGCCAACAACUGCGGCUUCGAUGACGACCAGGGUUCCUACAUCCAAGUCCCGCACGACCAAAUCGCGUACCGAUACGAAGUCCUCAAGGUGAUCGGAAAGGGAAGCUUCGGACAGGUGGUGAAGGUGUUCGACCACAAGUCCCAGACGCACGUGGCUCUGAAGAUGGUGCGCAACGAGAAGCGCUUCCACCGGCAGGCGGCCGAGGAGAUCCGGAUCCUGGAGCACCUGCGCAAGCAGGACAAGGACUCCAGCAUGAACGUGAUCCACAUGCUGGAGAACUUCACCUUCCGCAACCACAUCUGCAUGACCUUCGAGCUGCUCAGCAUGAACCUCUACGAGCUGAUCAAGAAGAAUAAGUUCCAGGGCUUCAGUCUGCCCUUGGUGCGCAAGUUCGCGCACUCCAUCCUGCAGUGUCUGGACUCGUUGCACAAGAACCGCAUCAUCCACUGCGACCUCAAGCCCGAGAACAUCCUGCUGAAACAGCAGGGCCGCAGCGGAAUCAAGGUGAUCGACUUUGGCUCCAGCUGUUACGAACAUCAGAGAGUUUACACCUACAUUCAGUCCAGGUUCUACCGGGCGCCAGAAGUCAUUCUUGGUUCCAGGUACGGGAUGCCUAUCGACAUGUGGUCCCUGGGCUGCAUCCUGGCCGAGCUCCUGACGGGUUGCCCGCUGCUUCCGGGUGAGGACGAGGGCGACCAGCUGGCCUGCACCAUGGAGCUUUUGGGAAUGCCCGGCCAGAAACUGCUGGACGCUUCUAAGCGGGCCAAGAACUUUGUGUCCUCAAAAGGCUACCCGCGCUACUGCACCGUCACCACGCUGCCCGACGGCAGCGCGGCGCUCAGCGGCGGGCGCUCGCGGCGCGGGAAGCUACGAGGUCCGCCCUGCAGCCGGGACUGGAGCGCGGCGCUGAAAGGCUGCGACGACCCGCUCUUCCUGGACUUCCUCAAACAGUGUCUGGAAUGGGAUCCCGCCGUGCGGAUGACGCCCAGCCAGGCCUUGCGCCACCCCUGGCUAAGGAGGCGCCUCCCCAAACCGCCGGCCGGCAGCGCGGCCGACAAGACGGCCUCUUCCAAGCGGGCCACCCCCGCAGAGACCUCCGUCACCUCCGUCUCCAAGCUCCCCGCCGCAUCGGUCAAGAGCAGGACUAACUUGGCGCCCGUGACUGACGCCAACGGCAACAUUCAAACUCGGACGGUCCUGCCCAAACUGGUAAGCUGA